AUGAAAGUGGGAGAAGGAGCAGACACCUUGAGGAUUGUGAACGAGUUCAAGCAGCAGUUGAAGAGCAAAAUCAAGCACAUGGAGAAGAAGUCUUUGCUAGUGAUGUUUCCUGACAACCCUGGGAAGCUGCCAAAAGAUAUAUAUGACGCAGUGUUUGAAGAGGAGCUGCCGUCGCCGCCCCAGAACAGUGCUGGUGCAGAGUCUUCGAAAGUGGUUGCAAGAAAAUCGCACAGUUUGGUGAAGAAGGUGAGUCUGAAUGACAACCCCAUGAGCAGCAUGAUGCAGCAGAUGGAUCACAUGAUGAAGUCUAACAUGGGCGGAGUGAACCCUAUGAUGCUGAUGAUGGCCGGCAUUCAGCAGUUUAUGGGUGCAGACAAAGGUGAUGCGCAUGGCGCGGCCAAUUUGCAAAUCUUUGGUAACAAGAGGAAGACAAAGGCAUUGCCAAAUGCCGCAGAAGCCGAUCGAACAUCGCCAGAGCAGAAAGCUUUGCUGGAGGGUGCGUUGGAAGAUGAUAGCCAAGAAAGUCGAAAGACGCAGUCAAGCGCAGCCGAAAUGAAGCCACCGAACCAGAAACCAGCCUUUGAGGUCCCUAUAGACGAGGAAGCUUCAGCAGCGUCGGCUUCCGCCAAGAAAAAGGCAAAGACACCAGAGGAGUAUGUGAAGGUCUUCAAGACUGGCGUCCAGAGCCGUGAAAGAGCUCGCGCAGAGGCAAAGCAAGAUGUGGAUGAGCCAGAGGAUGGAGCGGAGGCUUCGGAGCCGGAAGAAAAGCAGCCCAAGGCAAAGAAGAGAAGGUCAGAAGAGAAAGUUGCGGAGAAGAAGGAAGCAACCUUCAAGAAACCUGCGGCGAAGGAAAAAGCGAAGAAAGCUCCUGGUCCCAAGAAAGCGGCAGCUGCGCCUCAGGAAGGUGCUGCGGAAGGUGCUGUGGCGCGAAAGGAUUUGGGCCCUAAGCCUGCUCCGCCAGACCCUUGGACAGAGACGUUCUUUUGGGGGACCGGCAAGAUCCACAAGAACCCAAAGUCCGCGUGUUGGCGGGCCUUUGUCGACAAGGCGGACAGAAUUGAUCGAAAAGUGAAACUGGGCGAUGACCAUGUAAAAUCGUUUCACCGUGCCCUUGAAAUCAUCGAGGAAGGCAUGGCUGCCCGGGGCUUAUGA